UCGCUUCCUCGCUUUCCUAAGCUAAACAUUUGCAUAGCUACAAUGCUGGAGACUUUUUUCAUACAUCUUCGUUCUUACUGUCAUGUGCGGUCUUAGCGCUGUCGCGUACUCUGGCUCCGCUUCUCCGCCGAGAGACCUUUGCGCUCAGAUCGAAGCGUCGCUGACGAACAUACACCACCGAGGACCCGACUCGCAAGGUAUCUACCUCUCUGAGGAUGGACGUGUCGGUCUGGGACACGUGCGGCUCUCAAUUAUCGACCUUGCCACAGGACAGCAGCCGUUGUCCGACGAGACGGGUGGGAUCCAAUGCGUUGUGACCGGCGAACUCUACGAUUAUGCGCGUAUCCGAGCCGAGCUAGAGGCAAACGGGGCAGUGUUCAAGACACACUCGGACUCGGAGCUCGUUGUUCACCUAUACCAGCAGAACGGAUUCAACCUCUUGCACUCACUCCGCGGCGAGUUUGCCUUUGUGUUGUACGACGCGACGCGCAAGCUCGUCUUCGCCGCGCGCGACCGGCUUGGGAUCAAGCCGCUGUACUACACUGUGUCCGACGAGCGCCUGCUCAUCGCGAGCGAGAUGAAGGCGUUCCUUCCGCUGGGCUGGAAAGCCGAGUGGGACAUCCACAGCAUUGUGCACUCGGGCGAUGUAUCGGACGAUCGCACCGUCUUCAAGGGCGGGAGGAAGCUCAACGCGGGCAUGUCCCUGCUCUAUCGCCCGGCGUCGGGAUACCUCAAGGUGCAGCCGUACUGGGACCUCGACUACACGCCAUCCGCGGUCCCGCAGACAAUCGACGAGAUGGUCGACGGCGUGCGCGAGCGGCUCGUCAGGGCGGUCGAACUGCGUCUCCGAUCGGACGUGCCGGUGGGCGUAUACCUGAGUGGGGGUAUCGACAGCUCCGCUGUCGCCGGGAUCGUAACAGAGCUACUGCGGAAGGAUAAUCCGAAUGCGCGGAUUGCGACGUUCACACUCGCGUUCCCCGACGCCAAAGACAACGACGAGGGCCCGAUCGCUGCUCGUACAGCCGAGCAUCUGGGCGCCGAAUCGCACAUGGUCAACGUCGACGAAGCUGCGCUCGUCGAGGCGCUCGAGGCGACUAUCUGGCACACCGAGCAAGUGAACUUCACAUUUCAGGGCCCCGGAAAGUUUCUUCUAUCGAAGUACGUGAACGAACAGGGGUACAAGGUUGUGCUCACGGGAGAAGGCGCGGACGAGUUCUUCGGCGGGUACCCCUGGUUCCCGAUCGACUAUCUCCGUCAGCGAGAUGAAGCAGGCCUGAAGCUGGGACUGGAGUUGCCGCCCGAUGCCGUCCGUGCCGCGAUUCUGGACCGCAUCCAGGGCCCAAACGGGAUGCCGAUCUUGGCGAUGGGGAAGAUGUCGUGGACAGAUGCGAAGCUAGGCAGGGAGAUGCUCGGGGGGAUCUCUUGCCACCGCGCCUAUGCGUCUGCGGGGGCUGCUGCCUCGGAGCUGUUUGACACGCGGGCUCUGGCGGUGACGGGAGAGCCCGACAUCACGCUUUCGAUCGCGGAGCAUAUCGACGCGCGUGUCCGGGAGAAGGCGGUCUCUGGUGAAUGGCACGCACUGCAUGUCUGUUCUUACGUUACCGCGAAGACGAUCCUGCAGAACUCGAUCCUAAACCAAGUGGGUGAGAGGAGCGAGAUGGCCCAUUCUGUCGAAGGACGACCACCGUUCCUCGACCACCAUCUCGUUGAUUACAUCAACGGUCUCCCCCCAUCGGUCAAAGUCCGUCCAAUCAAGGGGGGCUUCACAGACAAAUGGCUGCUACGAGAGGCAGUCAGACCUUUUGUGCCGGAAGAGGUCUACAACCGCAAGAAACUGAUGUACAAUUCGCCUGCUGCAAGGCGAGAGGCCGGGGACGCGAGUCUACGUCCCUUCCAAGCGCAUGUCAAGGCGCGGAUUACGCAGGAGGCUAUUGAGCGGCUCGGACUUUUCCGGUGGUCCUACGUCAAGGAAACAUUGAAUGGAUAUCUCACCGAUGCGGUAUUUCCAGCGGAUGGUGGUUUGGACCCACGUGCGCAGGUGCUCAUGUACAUUCUUAGCUUUGUCGUGUUGCAGGAGCGCUUCUUUGUCGCAAAGUGGGAUGUAUAAUUAGUCGGCGCAAUGCAUGCUCUAGAACAACCGUGCUUUCGUGCCGCUCAAAGUCCCUUGAGAACAAGGACAGCCAGCGAGCUUCCCGCGCUGUAAGCAUCGUAAGCUCACAUACAUCUUGUUACCCUAGAAGCAGGAACGUGAAACCUGUCCUGGGCAUCUGCGCCCCCGCGAUCUGAUCAGUCGAUGCUAUAUAACCGCGGCACGCGGAUGCUUACCGCCCCCAGUGCGAUAUCGACCCCUACCUCUCCCCUUUCCCCAGAUGGCCGGCCCCGUAGGACCCCCGUCUUUCCCGCCCCUCGACACGAGUCUCGGUGCUAUCGAGAUUGGCGGGGUCGUCAGUACAUUCCUGUUUGGGAUCGUGACUCUGCAGGCGUACUACUACUUCCGCCAAUUCGAGGACGACUCGAGGUAUCUCAAGGCCACGGUUUUCAUGAUCUGGCUCCUCGAGCUGGGGCAUACGGUUUCGAUCUGGCAUGCUAUUUAUUCUGUAACUGUAACUUUCUUCGGGAGACCGCAACACAUUUCUUCUCCACCGCGCUCGCUCGAAAUCAGCAUCUUCUUCUCCAUACCAAUUACCUUUUUCGUCCAGUGUUUCUUCGCCAAUCGAAUCCGAGUGCUCUCCGGGAAAUGGUUCCUCACCUGCGUAUGCUGGCUACUCACCUUCCUGCGCUGUGUCGGGCUCUUCGGUGUCUUCGGGGUUGCACUUAACCUCAAAUCGCUGGCGGACUUCAGCCACUUCAAAUGGCUCGUCGGAACGACAGUAUCGCUUGGUCUAACCGCGGACAUCAUCAUUGCGGCCUCGCUGUCGUAUUAUCUGUCCACCAUGCGCGAGAAGAGCAUUCAGCAGACACGGCUGAUGGUGGAUACACUCAUUCUCUGGGCUCUGGAGACGGGCGCAGCUACUAGCGGAACCAGCCUCGGGCUCGUCAUCUUCUUCUUCGUUGGCAAAGAUCUUACCUGGUUCCCGUUCUAUCUCGUCCUCGCCAAAGUUCUGUCCAAUUGCAUGCUCGCUUCGCUGAAUGGACGGCAACGAUUCCGGGCCGCGAACAAACCCCCGAUCACGUUUGACACGACAUUGACACCCAGCACGAGAGCACAUGGUGUGACAUCCGGCGAACAUAGGGUCAUGGACUUCGAGAUGUCUGGGAUGGAUCUGAACGGGGAGGAGUUUGUGACUAGAAAGGUAGAAGCUGUGUAGUAUAUUUAGCUGAUAUUUAUGACCUGGGGUUAGAAUAAAACGCAGCAAGUACUUACA